AUGAAUUUCUCAAGAAACAGCUGUUUAAUUAGGGAUUUUCUUCCUAGGAAAGAAGGACCAGACUGCAAAAUUUACGAAUGUUCGCCAAAGCAAAAAGUCCGGGACGUACUACACGUCAAAGACUUAAUUAGCCCUCCCCAGCUGACCAAAUACCACCAAUUUAUGUUGGAUACCAGUGAAUGCACGUACGAAAGUCGGAAACAUCCGCUGGAAAAAUCCACCCUUUCUCCGCCAUAUGCACCUUGCAUUGACCGAAUGAAAACGACCUUCGGCGUAACUAGUGCUAAAGACAUCUCUGCAAAGGAUUUGAUCAACCCUCUGAUCUCAGCUGACCAGGUUGCGUGUGAAGGUCAAAGAGGCCACGACCUUUACACUUUCACCCACAAGGCAUGCGAUUGA